CUCGCAAACCGGAGAGAGAGAAUCCCAAAAAUGACAACCAGAUUGCAGGGGAGCAGAGCAGAGAGUGAGUGAGAGAGAGACUGGGAGAAAGAAAGAACUCAACAACCCGUUCAGUUUCAGAGAGAGAACAGAGAAUAUCAGCCAGCGCAUGUUUUAUUUUACAGCUUCAUACUCGGCAUCUUGUGGCAAAUUCCGACUUUAGAAAUGUAGUUGGAUACAAAGAAAACCUGAGAAGAGUACACCAAUGUGUUUUUGAAAACAAAAGCGUUAGCAUAAACGUUUCCUGUUUCUUCACAUCGUAGUAGAACGGAGUUUGAACUCUGCGCUCCUCUCCAGUUUUGUGAAGAUCACUGUCUGCUGCAGUCCAACCAUCAAGAUGUGUGACCUGAUGCCAGCUUCGCAACCUGCUGAAAAAAUCGGCAAAAUGAAAAAGUUGCGAAGAACUUUGUCAGAGAGCUUCAGUCGCAUAGCUUUCAAGAAAGAGGACAGUGGCUUUGAUGAGAUAUGUGUCACAAAGAUGUCCACACGCAGCGGCCAGGGAAAGGACUCGGUCAUCACGCCCCUGGACACCAUCCCUGAGGACAGGAAGGUAAGGGUUCAGCGGACACAGAGCGGUUUCGACGCUUUCGAGAAACCCGCCAGCCAGGUGAAGAGGGUGCACUCAGAGAACAAUGCCUGUAUCUCCUCCAAGGCCUCCUCUACUGGGAAAGAGUCGCCCAAACUGCGCCGACACUCCAGCCCCAGCUCUCCCACAAGCCCCAAGUUCGGGAAGGCUGAUUCCUAUGAGAAGCUUGAGAAGCUGGGAGAAGGCUCGUACGCCACAGUAUACAAAGGGAAAAGCAAGGUGAACGGCAAGCUAGUAGCCCUGAAAGUGAUUCGUCUACAGGAGGAGGAGGGGACACCGUUCACCGCCAUCAGAGAAGCGUCUCUUCUGAAAGGUCUGAAGCACUCCAACAUCGUGCUGCUCCAUGAUAUCAUCCACACCAAGGAAACCCUGACGCUGGUCUUUGAGUAUGUGCACACAGACCUGUGCCAGUACAUGGACAGGCACCCAGGAGGACUGCAUCCAGACAACGUGAAGUUGUUCCUGUACCAGUUGCUGAGAGGUCUGUCCUACAUCCACCAGAGGUAUAUCCUGCACCGUGACCUCAAGCCUCAGAACCUGCUCAUCUCUGACACUGGAGAACUCAAACUGGCCGACUUCGGUCUGGCACGGGCUAAGUCAGUCCCCAGCCACACCUACUCCAAUGAGGUGGUGACCCUGUGGUACCGCCCCCCUGAUGUCCUCCUGGGAUCCACAGACUACUCCACCUGCCUGGACAUGUGGGGCGUGGGCUGCAUCUUCAUCGAGAUGAUCCAAGGAGUGGCAGCUUUCCCUGGGAUGAAGGACAUCCAGGAUCAGCUGGAGAGGAUAUUCCUGGUCCUAGGCACCCCCUGUGAGGAUACCUGGCCAGGGGUCCACUCUCUGCCCCACUUCAAACCAGACAGCUUUACAGUCUACAGUUCCAAGAAGCUCAGACAAGCAUGGAAUAAGUUGGGCUAUGUGGACCAUGCUGAGGAGUUAGCCUCUAGGUUCCUCCAGUGCUUCCCAAAGAACCGUCUGUCUGCUCAGGCAGCUCUCCAGCAUGAGUACUUCAGCCACCUUCCUCCACGGCUCUGGGAGAUCUCAGACAUGGCUACUAUCUUCACGGUACCAAAUGUCAAGCUGCAGGUGGAGUCAGGUGACAGUAUACAGGUGUGUACCAGGACCAUCUCCAGCCAUGCUAAAGGACCGUCCAGCAGCAAACACUGACCGGGGCAGAUUGCCCCACAGCUAGCCAGGUUGCUGCUGUGGUCAGUCCAAGAGAGAAGGACAAAGACACUGAGAUGGAGGAACCACCGGGAUCACAUUCCCCCUUCUGUUUCUUUAACGUAUUACCUUUCCAACUGUGUGUGUGUGUGUGUGUGUGUGCGUGUGUGUCUGAGUGUAUACAUUUUGGUGGGUGACACCUCCAAUUUCAGUUUUAUAAUUUGCCAUUUUUGUUGACUUUUAUAAUGUUGUGAUACUCAUAUAUCGUUGACACAUUUACAAUACACUUAAUCAUCAAGAGUCUUUACAAUACUAUUGAUACAUACUGUGGCUUGUGUUUCUAACUACCUAUGUGAGAAUGUAUAUUUGUAUGUACAGUAUACUCAUAUUUAGAAAAUAUAUCACGGACUCCAAGAAAGCUUAAAUUCUUUCACAAACAUGCUGCACUUGCAUGCAUUCACGCACGCAUGCACAAACUCACACGUACACACACACAGAUACACACCCACUGGACAGUUUCACUCACACUCACAACACAAACUGGAACUGAGAAUGACAAGCGGUGGUAAUGUUUCUCUUUAACUUUGAUCUGUUCCUCCUCUGUAACUGUCAGGCCAGAGUCAAAUGGCAUCAAAUCAAUAAUAAUCAUAAGAGCAAUGGUAUUAAUACUGUAAUAGUGAUACUGGUGAUAAUAAUCCGUUAGUCUCUGCUGGAGAUGAUGCAUACACACAAAGCAAUGAGUGUCGAUGACAUCGUGAAGAGUCACGUUAUAUGGUACAUUCGCUGUGCUUCGUCUCAGUGUAUGUGGGUGUGUUAUAUCUGUGUGGUUGCGUGUGCAUCAAAAUAUGGGCAAUAUGGGCUAUACCCUUCAGUGGUGCUUCCAUGUAGGCCAUGAGGUACUGUUAUCUAUACCGCAUCCUGUUGUACACUGUAUCUAGAUGGUAAAACACAAUGGCAAUAGGCUCAGUGGGAUUUUGAUCUCUUGGUUACUUCGACCCAUGACAAUCCUCUUCUCCUUCACGUCCUUUGAUAGCGUCACCAUCCAGUAAUGUACUGUAUUUCAGACGUCAUCACAAAUGUUAUUAGACGAUUGCGUCAACGUCUGUUUGUCUCAGCUAUCACGUUAAUGAAAAUAUUAGGAGCACUUUUUAUGAUAUCGCAUGAUAUUGAUCUAACAAAUACUUUUGUUUCUUGGGUACUAUGUUACAUUGACUGGUACAAAGAUGUCUUUGUGUUCGAUUUUCAGCUGGGUGUUGUUUUGUGUAAAAAUACCUGCUCAUAUUAGUCAUGUGUGAGCUAGGUAAUAUAGCAAUGACCAGUAACAUGGAGAAUAUGGGUUCCCGUUUUAUGGAUUGAUUUGAAAUCUACCACUAAUCUGAAUGGCCUGUACUGUGCACAAGUAGAGGAGGGGGAGGAGAGUUAUGAGUUAGACAUCAUAGACACACACUGACUAUCAGGAGAGAUUAGUUUUCUUAAUCCACAUUGACACCCUUAGAAAGACAUGUAUACACACACACACACACACACACACACACACAUACAUACACACACACACUUGAGAGACAGUCACAGGUAUAAUACUGUAGACACUUGGCCACACACAGUCCUUCUCCUUCCCCCUGCCUCACCUGCUAGUCUAUCAUAGAGGGAGAAGGAGGAGGAAGAGGAGGAGGAGACAUUAAAAAGAAAUGAGUCUUGUAGAAGGCUUUGACAUGAUUCGCCAUAUGGCCAAGUCCAUGUAAUGGUACAGCUUUAAUUGUCCCACCAUCUCUAGUGGUGUUUGGUGUGAUAUAGAGCAGGUGAGGCAACGACAGAGAAACACAGUGAUAGUGACGACUUGUGUCAUUAGCUUUUUGAGAAUGCACUUUUUGAAUAUAUUUGCCCUACUGUACAUUCCAGCUUAUUAAAAAUGUCCAUUUUUGCACCUGUGUUGUCCUUAAUCACAUGCUCUUGCCUGCACAGACUAGAAAUAUCAGUGCCCUCCCCUGUCAACCAUAGUAUGGGCCAACAGACCCCAGUUUCCAACCCCAAUGAUGCACAGACUUUUUAAGGAAAACUACUACAGAUACAGAAAGUGAUUUCAUAGGACUUCAGUGUCAUUCCUGGUGUGACAAGUGAUUCUGUGUUGUGGUAGUGAGGAAGGGAGGAGAAUCUAGAGUGGCGUCUUAAUGUGACUAAAGCAGCGUGACAGAGGAGGGUUAAUACCAGAGAGCUCUGCUGAGAUACAUCGCCCAGCUCGCUCUGCUCGGCCUUGCAUGGCUUUAUGGGAUACAGGAGGUAUUAAGCAGCUGAAUAAUUAGUUUUGAUACGUUACUCUCCUGCUUUCUGUGUGUGUGGCAUUUCACUUUUCUUUUUCCCCCUUUUUAUUUUGUGCCUUUGUGUCCCAGAAGUUUCUUCCUUUGCCGCCUGCCUGCGACAUCACAUAAACAUGAAAAUACUGUAUAUGUAUUGGACUGCCUGCCUGCCUGUCUGCCUGCCUGCCUGCCUGCCUGCCUGCCUGCCUGCCUGCCUGCCUGCCUGCCUGCCUGCCUGCCUGCCUGCCUGCCUGCCUGCCUGCCUGCCUGCCUGCCUGCCUGCCUGCCUGCCUGCGUGGGUGGAGUUCCUGAAAGCUCUUUUUUUCUCCUUUGGGAAUUAAAAGCAUUUCUCUAUGAAGGGAAAUCUUGGGAAAGAAGUAGUGAAAUUGCACAUUGAGCACUGUGACGGUCCAAAUGAUUAACAAUUGAAUGGGGCCCACUAUCAUUUGAAUGUUACCAUUGGUUCUUCCUUGUUAAGGUCAACUUCCAAAUGUUUAAAAAAAUGCAUUUACAAAUACACCAUUAAAAUCUGAAUUGGGGAAUGGCUUAAGAUUGAUCUGUUUGCUAUACUGGUCAUGCUACGGAAUGUGUACAUUUCGAGUCAUAUUUUGAGUUACAUGUCAAUAUUUAAUCAUUUUGUAUCCUUUGUUAUAAACUGUCUUACUAGGCUGUAUAUAAAAGGGGAGGUGAAACGCCUUGUGUAAAAUGUAAUAGUGACGCUUAUACUAUGUUUGCGUACAUACAGGGUCACGCUUGUCUCCUUUGCGCCAUAAAAGAGAGGAUUCGUAUUAAAUAUAUAUGGAUAUAUACACAUACAGUAUAUUUUUUGGCCUUGUCAGUUUCUUAACUGCGCAGACGUACAGUAUAUGUUGGGAAAGGCGUUUUGGAACCAGACAUGCAACCCCCGCUGUACUCAACACUGAAUCUGUGUUUUACAGUACAAAAAAAAAUUAACUUUGCGUAUCUAUUUUUUUUUUUUGUAUGAUGCUCUGAAAAUACAUCAUUUUUCACAAGUGGUUUCGGACAUAGAAGAAGUGUUACCGGUCACUUUAUAAACUGAAACUUAGGAUAUAAUAGUAGAAUAGCUGUUGCAUUACCUAUUUGUUACGACCUGUAUGUAAUGUUAUUAUGGAAGAUGUAAUGUCCUUCUGUAAAUGUUGUUUAUUGUUGGUUUACCUGAAAUAAAUAAAGUUUAUUAAUGCUUCAAA